CUUGUACCAAGCUACCUAGCAAUAGCUACCUAAAGCUAGCCUAGCAGGCUAAGUGGUCGCUAUGAUUUCCAAGGUAUUUAUUUUAUCCAUUGUCAGUGCUUAAUGACGGUUCUUAUUUCAACUUGCUACUAAAUCACGUAAUGGGUCAGGAAUCAGGCAAGUCUGCCUGGCCCAAACCAGCUGGAGGCUAUCAGACGAUCACGGGGAGGAGAUACGGCAGGAGACAUGCAUAUGUUAGCUUUCGGCCGUCGUUGGCCAGACACAGAAAAGCAUCCAAAGAGAACCACGAGGACUGGCAGGAAAUGGAGAUGAACAAUGUGGAUGGCGAGAAUGCUAUAUCUUCAAAAGGAAACCUUUCUUCAAUGCUCCAAGCCAUCUUCCCCGUGACCAACAAUUCGGUUCACCCAGAAGUGAACGGGCCAGGGCUGAGCCCGGACGCCCCCAGGAAGCAGCCGGCCGCGGACCCCUCCGUCUUCAGCUACAGGAAGCUGAAGGGCGAGCAGGCCAUGGCCUGCGACUCGGAGCCUUCGUCUGGCUCCAGUAAGAGCUCGGAGGCCUGCGCGUGGCCCGCCUUCGAGGACGAGGACAGUAACCCGUCCAACGGCAGCCUGCUGAGCUUUGUAAAUAUUGACUCUUACGAGCCGGACAGCAGCGACGCGGAGGAUGACGGGCUGAGUGCCGACCCCUCGCUGGGCCUGCAGAAAAGGCUGGACGAUAUGAUCUGCGAACUGGGAAAGGAGUUUGACUACCUCAGCGGUUUGCAGUCUUACUUGUAUACAAAGUCGUGCGAGGAGCCAAAGGCCCCCCAGAAGGACGGCGGCGAGCUGAGGCCGGACGCCUCGGCCUUUCACAGGAGCACCUCCGAGGGCGAGGAGGCCGCCGGCGCGGCGCACCACCCCGGCGACGGGCCGGGCAAGCCCGACCAAUCGGUGGCCAGCGUUUCUCCUGACGGACUGAAAAGCCCCGACUGCAGGAGGGACGAGGCGGAGGCAGAGAUGGUGGUGCGGCCCAAAAUCAGGAAGCAGACGAGCGAAGGCCAUCUAGAGAAGAGGAAGUGCUCCCAGCCAGAAGCCCGCCACCCGCUCGCCCGACAGCAGGGCGGCAGCAAGUGCGGUUCGGCCCCGCCUUUCUUUUUGACGCAAACGGAAAGGCCCAGAAACGAGUUCCUCUUCGAUUUCCCGCUGACAGACUUUAAGGCUAGUGAGUCCAAACCCCUGAAGGUCCAGAGGGAAGACCUGGACUCCUACUGCAGAAGGAAACCAGAUACUGAAGACAAGUUUUGGGAAAACCUAGAGGACUUUGAUGAGAAAUGCGUCUCACUCAUGAAAGGAGACAACAGCUCGGAGUGCAGCGAGGGCGAGUGGUCGGCCUCAUGGACCUCGGACUCGGGCUUGGAGAAGGAGCCCGGCUCCAGCGAGGGGAGCUGGGAGACGCUGCCCGGCCUGGAGGAGCCAGAGCUCCACAGCAACAGCAGCAGCCUGGAGGACGUCCCCGAGCUCAACUUUGUCCCUGAGGACCAGACCCCGCUGGAAGAAGGCGAGAUCCCCUGGCUUUCAUACCAGGAGGAGACGGACAGCAGCAGUGACGAGGAUCCCGAAGGAGCUGGCAGCCGCUUUGUCCACCCGGGUCUCUUUAUGCUCGACGGAAACAACAACUUUGAGGAUGACUCCAGUGUGAGCGAGGACUUUGAGGCUGACUGGAGGCUGCUGGACGACUUUGGAGACGGCUUGGGCAUGGCACAGGCCAUAUCCUACGUGGAUCCACAGCUGCUGGCUUACAUGGCACUUGAAGAACGACUAGCCCAGGCAAUGGAGGCUGCACUGGCCCACCUGGAGUCUCUGGCCAUUGACGUGGAACAGGCCCACCCUCCAGCCACUGAGGACGUCAUUGACAGCUUGCCACAGAUCACUGUGCUGGAGGACCACUAUGUGUGUUUGCGCGCCUCAGGUCAGGACCAGUGCUGUGCCAUCUGCUGCUGUGAGUAUGUGAAAGAUGAGAUCACCACCGAGCUGCCCUGCCAUCACAUCUUCCACAAGAUCUGCGUUACGCUUUGGCUGCGGAAGUCUGGGACGUGCCCAGUGUGCCGCCAUGUUCUGUCUCCCGCCCUCCCCGACGCCCCCGUGCCCACCUCCUUCGUCUCGGAUCACGACACCCCCCCGUCUAACCACAGCGCAGCGGGAACGCGAUGAAGUUGCCCAGCGGGAGGAACCACCGCUGUUCCAGCGGAAGCGUGCAUUCACUGCAGUGUAGCUCAUUACGAAUGGUGCAGAAUGAGUUGCGAAUUACUGAUUUAGUUCUUCACGUGUAAUAUUUGGAGGUAAAUGUCCAGAGUGACAGUUGGAACUUAUUUUCUGAGAAAAUAUUGUCAUAUGCUGUCUUACAACAAGUCUUUGUUAUGUUUCUGUUUUAAUGAAGGACAUUAACACUGGGAAUGACCAUUUAGAGAUCUCACCAAACUUAUAUAAAUAUGUUGCCCAAAUGUGGGGGAAAAGUACAAAUGGAAUAUUGUUUUUGGCAUGCAUCAUACAUGAAUUUAGCUGAAUUGUAGGCCAGUAUACUUUUUGGAACACAUUGGAAUCUUGUCUCCGAUAACUGAUCACAUUGUUAUUUUUUUAGCUUGCAAAACUGUCUGAACGGAUGUGUGCUGUGCUUAUAAGCCUACUUAUAAUACUUCCCUAGUAAAUUUGGUUCCUGUGUUCAAUAAAGGCUCUAGCUUCUCCCCUUA